CAUCGUCAUUCGUUUGGUUUAUCGAGUUGAUUUGUCUCACGAAUUCACUAGCUCAGCUCCCCAUUGCGAAUUGACCAUCCAUUUGUACAAAAUCACCAAAGUCACCAAUAUGGGCCUCUUGAGCAGCUCAUCCGAGGCUCCUCCAAAAGCCACGCGGGAGGAGAUGCGCGAUGCCAAACUUCCCUUGGCCUACCGAGACAGCUGCGCAAACCUUCUCAUCCCUCUCAAUAGAUGCCGUGUCGAUACCUACUAUAUGCCUUGGAAAUGCAGCGACGAGCGACAUAGCUACGAGAAAUGCCAGUACAUUGAGUUCAAGAAACGUGUGGCUAGGAUGAACGAACUAAGAGAAGCGAAGGGCGGCGCGCGAAGUAAUUGAGCCUUACAAGUCGGCUUGCAUAGAAAAAUUCAUAUUAAAGUACAAAGUGCUACUCAAGUUACUCGCCUGUCGGUUGUCCGUUGAAGAAGCCAUCAUCACCGGUACAUUGAGUUCACUGCUGAGCCAGUAUUAAUUUACAUGCCGUACAAGCCUUGGUUGUACAUCUAUGGAAUGUGUCUUCAUAGCAAC